AUGGUUGCCAGCAGCAAUGGCAGCAACAACACGACGUGGCGGUGCGAACCGUGCAAUGUCAAGAACGGAGCAAAGUACAAGUACUGCUGGAAGUGCUGGGGUGCACGCCCGACCGCAGCAGCCGCAGGAUCUUCCAGCGCGGCGGCAGGAGAGACCCUCGGGGACAGGAGCCACGACGAGAAGCUCACAAAGGUGCAGCACUACCGUGCCAAGCUGGUUGAGCUCAGGAAACUCGCCGAGGACCCGUUCCUGGAGGAGUCCCUGCAGCCGCAGGUGGCGCAGCUCGAGGACAAGCUCGCCGCCGAGCAGGCAUCGUUAGAAACGGGAGUACCGCGCUGUUUUACCGAAUGCAGAGUGGUGCGAGACAGGAACAGGGUCGCAGAGCAGAAAGACAAGUGCCAGCAGAGGAUCGACGCGCUCAAGGAGCAGAGAGACGCGCUCGACGAGCAGCUCGCCGACGAGCAGAGCAAGCUGGACAAGUUCGGCAGCAAGCUCGAGACCCUGGACAAGAAGAGAGCCGAGCGCUGCGUCGACGACGACGAGAGCGAGAAGCGAGAGCAGCUCGUCGCCGCGGUCACCCACGCCAAGGAGCAGAAGGCCAGGGCGGAGCAGGCUCGCGCCGCCAAGGAGAGGGCAGGCAGCGCUGACAACCGCAAGCGCAGCUGCCCCGAGAGCCCCAUCAUCAAGGAGGACCUCCUCGAGAUCCCCGCAGGCGCCAGCGAGCAGGACAUCUGCAAGGCGCUCGUCGACGUGGGGGUCACGCCAGAUCAGGCUGGCAAGGCGCGACUCGCAGUGUACACGGUCAAUGCCAACGCGGUGAAGUCGCUAGAGCGAGUGAUGAAGCAGAUCAGGGACAGCGACCAGGACGCCAUCGUCCUGGGCCAGGAGCUGCAGGCCAGCGGCACGCAGCUCGACCUGCUCCAGACCCGCAUGCGCAAGGAGGGCUGGAACAUCGGGGUAGUGGGCAGCGCGAAGACCAAGGCGGGUCACAGUGCUGGAGUUUUGAUAGCGACGCCACGAAGCAAGGGUAUGGACUUCGUGCGCAAUGGGAUUAACCAGUGGGACAUCAGCCCGCGAGAGUCCACGGGGCGACUCGCCGUGGCCUGGGUCGACGCCUACAGCAAGGAGGGGCUCGUGCUAGGUACCGCGCACCUAUGGAACAGCGAGGGCCCCACGCAGGGGAACCAGCGCAUCCUGGCCAAGUGGGGCGCCACCAUGAACGCGAUCCAGAAGGAGUGGACCCUUGGCGGCGACUUCAACAUGGACCCAGAGACGCUGGAGCAGUCAGAGAUCGUCCGCAAGAUGAAUGGCUUCAUCGUGCGAGACACUCAGCUGGGCAGCUGCCUGAAGCAAGAUGGCAUGAGGAGUACGCGGGGCUACAUCAACGUCUCGCGCGGCCUGGGUGCACACGCGCUCAAGGCAGAAGUCCAAGAAAUGUACAACACGUCGCCGCACUUGCCCAUCAAGAUGAGGGUCCCAGUGCAUCAGCGAAACGACUACAGCAUCAACGUGCUGUGCAAGCGGGCGCUAUGGCCGCUGACACGGCCAACGGGCUGCCCCUCGCAGCCAGUGCGAUGGCCUAGGCCGCUCGCACACAAGAAAUACACGCAGAGCCAGGUCGACGAGCACUGGAGUGAGCUCGGCGAGGCCUACGAGAAGCACCUCAACAGGUACCACAGCUUCGAUGGCGACGACCUGGGCAAGAGACAGGGCCAUUUCGAGAAGGCCAAUUACAAGCAGAAGCCGCGCAGGCCCAUGCCAUGCACCGCGGCGCAGGAGCAGCAGCAGUGGGCCGAGGCCGCCGAGUGGCUUGCGCGGCGGCUGCGCCAGCUGAGGUCACUGGCCAACGCAUGGCAGCAGCGGCGAGAUGCAGGCACGCUUCGGCGAGCCCAGCACAUUGCUGAUGGGCUACUCAGCCACGACAUCAUCACGCCGCUGCUUGCAGAGCGGGCACCUGGGCAGACGACCGAGGCAGGCAACGACACGGACGAGGAGGACGGGCUGCUGGAGCCAGAGGGCGCCCCUCGGGAGGAGGCGGAAGGGGUGCAGGACCGCCUCGCGGUCAGAGCGCCUCCCACCGAGGGCCAGCAGGACCCCAACACGUGGAAUACGAUUCGAUGGCCGCUCAUCGCACACACGCUGCGAGACGGGCGAGUCACCGACAUCGACGACCGCGCCCAGAACUACCUGGGCUUCGUAGCCACGCUGCUGGACACCGCCAGCAGGAAGCGCUGGAAGAUGGUGCACCGAGCGGCCGCGGCGCGGUGGCGGCAGUGGGUCACCACGCACGGAGAGCGAGGAGCAGGAGCGCUGCACGGGUGGACCAAGGCACCAGCGCCUUGGCAGCCGCAGGCAGCGCCGGCGGGGGCCGACAGCGACCAGAUGCACGAGCUCGCGCACCCCCAGAAGGCCGCCGACGCCGCGCUGAAGGGGUGGGAGAGCAUCUGGCACGACCCGCUCGUGCCGAGGGCGCCGUGGCUCCAGCCGCCCACGGAGAUCGAGUGGGCAGAGUCCAAGCCGCCGCCCAUCACCCCGCAGCAGGUGAUCGAGGCUUGCGGCCGCUUCAGGACCAAGACGGGGCUGGGGGAAUCGGGAUGGCACCCGAGACUCCGGCGCGAAGGGGGCAUCCAUGGAGCGGCGAGGGUGGCCAGCACCCUCAACGCCCUGGAGGCGGGCUCGCCCUGGCCGCAGGCGCAGGACACCAUCCUGUUCUACCUGCUGGCAAAGGCUUCGGGCGGGCACCGCAACCUCGGGCUGAUUCCUGAGCUGGCCAGGCUGUGGGAGACUAUCCGCAUGCCGUAUGCCAGGAGAUGGGAGCACUGCCACCGCAGGAGCUACCACUGGGCUGCGAGAGGGAGGUCCAGUGAGAGGGCCGCCUGGGAGCAGGCCUUGUUCUGCGAGGCCACGGUGGCCCAAGGGAUGGAGUACGCUGUCACGUACUUCGACCUGGUCAAGUGCUUCGAGUACGUCACGCACGAGAAGGUGUGGCAAGCAGGCACGAGAUCAGGAUUCAACACGGUGGUCCUGAAGAUGGUGCUACGCAUCUACUCGAUGACGCGGCGCAUCGUGCUGGGCAACGCAUGCACGGGGGGGUCGAGAUGGGCGCGCGGCAUCGUCGCAGGCAGCCGCCUAGCGCCCCUCUGCCUCAAGAUGGUCAUCUUCGGGGAGCUGGACGGGGUUAUCGACAACUUCCCACUGUUCGUGCAGCACUGGCACACCCAGCUGGUGCAGGAGCUCGUGGACAUGUUCGGGAGGCUGGACAUGAAGGUAUCCAAAGGCGCGGAGGGUAAGACGGUCACCAUGGCCUCGACAACCGAGCUGCAGGACGGCCUCGCCAGGAGAGUGAACCAGCUCGGCAUCAAGAUGGCGCGACACGCCGACCACCUCGGCGUCACCACCGCGGCGGGCAGGAGGAGACGAGCCAGCGCCUUCAGCAAGAGGGCCGGCAAGUACGCAGCGAGGCGAGACCGCAUCGCCCGCAUACGCCGAGCGGGACCUGCGCAGGCAAUCAUCAGACAGGGGAAGGUGCCGUCGGCGAUGUACGGGGUGCAGGUCAUGGGCAUGCCCAACUCCACCCUCACCACCCUGCGGCAGAGCGUGGCGACCUCCUUCAGGGGCAACACCAUGGGGAGGUCGACGCCGCUCACGCUGCUCGCGCAGGGCGCCGACCCCGCCACCCGCGCCAACACGGAGCCGCUGCUGAACUGGGCCAUGGCAUGGCACGAGGUAGCCAACCAGGACGGGCUCCAGGAGCAGCUCCAGAGUGCGUGGAAGAAGUGGGUGGUACGUGUGGGGACAUCCAGAGCCCCAUGGCAGCAGGUGCGGGGGCCCGCGCGGGCCUUCAUAGCCACGGUGCAGAGGCUGGGCUGGAGGACGCUCGCGGCCCACAGCAUCACCAUCGGCGACGAGCACCUAGACCUCAGGACCCUGCCUCUCAGGCACCUGAGGCAACUCAUCAGCACGGCCACCGAGGAUGGCCUCAAGAGCGGCUGGCUGCGCAUCCACGGCGAGAAGCAGGGCCUGGACAGCCUCUUCGUGGAGCCCGUCGCCGCGCUGCUCAGGAGGCCGCUGAGCAAGAAGUGGACGCUGGAGCACCAGACACGGGUGCGCAGCUUGUGGUGUGGCGGUAGCUGGCCACAGCGGAGGCUCUUCGACAAGGGCGCAGCAGAGGACAGCACGUGCAAGGCCUGCCACGAGCAUGAAGGAACGGACCGCCACAGGACGUUCGUGUGCUCGGCCAGGCAGAGUCACCGACAAAGAGUGGGAGGGCACCACAUAUGCCAUCGUGGUGCCAUGACAUGGCCUGGAGCGACGGAGAAGCAGCUGGCGACCUCCGAAUACGGCCUCUGGAAACUGCCCUCCUCGUCCACAUGCGAGAUGGAGGGCUCCUUCGACGGCCUAGUGAACGGGGGCAUCUACACGGAUGGCAGCCUGCUGUACGGGGCAUACCCAGCGCUGAAACGAGGCGGCUGGGCAGUCGUGAAGCCCGACAGCGAGAACACGAUGGAGUUUGCAUUGUUCGGGCCACUGGAAGGAUCGCAGCACGACCAGUCGAUCUACAAGAGCGAGCUGAUGGCGGUCCUCCAGGCCCUGAGGAGAGCGGUGCCUCCAGUGCGGGUCUUCAGCGACUGCCAGUCGAUGAUCGACGGCUUCGCCAGAGGCCCUGAGUGGGCCGCCAGAGCCGGCACGACCCACCAAGAGGUCUGGCAGGAAUGCUGGCGGCUUCGUGGGGCGCAGAUGCACCAGCACGAGGCCUGGCACAGGGCCGCGUACAUUCAAAGGUUCCAGUUGGUCUCAGACAUCCUGGAAUUCGCCGCGCACGUCGGGGUUCUCGGCCACGGGCUCGAGGACACCUCCGAGGGCCCUGGGCCUUCGGGGGCUCAGGGCAGCCCCGCCCCCGCCCCGACGCCCAGUGAGGGAAGUUGA